AUGCAUGAUUGGUGUUAUGAUGUUUGUUUUGUCAUAGGACUCUUCUCUGAGAUCCAUCUUCUCCACAUGGAAUCCAGUACAAAUAAUGUGACUGAGUUAAUUUUCACUGGCCUUUUCCAGGAUCCGGAGGUGCAGAGAGUGUGUUUUGUUGUGUUUCUUCCCAUGUACCUGGCCACAUUGGUGGGCAAUGGCCUCAUUGUCCUGACAGUCAAUGUCAGUAAGAGUCUGCAUUCCCCCAUGUACUUCUUCCUUAGCUACCUUUCCCUGGUGGAGAUCACUUACUCCUCUACUAUUGUCCCUAAAUUCAUCACAGACUUACUUGCCAAGAUUAAAACCAUUUCCCUGGAGGGCUGUGUGGCUCAGAUAUUCUUCUUCCACUUCUUUGGGGUCACUGAGGUCCUUUUGCUUGUGGUGAUGGCCUAUGAUCGCUAUGUGGCCAUCUGCAAGCCUCUUCAUUAUAUGAACAUUAUGAGCCACCAACUGUGUCAUGUACUGGUGACUGGCUCCUGGCUUGGUGGCUUUUUUCAUUCCAUUAUACAGAUUCUCAUCACCAUCCGGUUGCCCUUCUGUGGUCCCAAUGUGAUUGACCACUACUUCUGUGAUCUUCAGCCAUUAUUCAAACUUGCCUGCACUGACACUUCUAUGGAGGGGGUUAUUGUGUUGGCUAACAGUGGCUUAAUUGCUCUGUGCUCCUUCCUCAUCUUGGUGUCCUCCUAUGUUGUCAUCCUGUUCAACUUGAGGAAUCAUUCUGCAGAGGGGAGGUACAAAGCCCUCUCCACCUGUGCCUCUCACAUCACGGUGGUCCUUUUGUUCUUUGGACCUGCCAUCUUCCUCUACAUGCGAGCCUCCUCCACCUUCACUGAGGACAAACUGGUGGCUGUGUUCUACACAGUUGUCACGCCCAUGCUGAACCCCAUCAUCUACACACUCAGAAAUGCAGAGGUGAAAAUUGCCAUGAGGAGGUUGGGGGGCAAAAAGAACUCAGGAAUGGAGUGA